ACGUUGAAGGUGAAGGUACGGUGGCACCGCGAACUGCACAGAAAUGGUUCAAGCGUUUCAAAAAUCAAUAAAUUUUCAUAAUAGCCACAAAACCAGAUCAAAAACACAAAAAAAAAUAUAUAAAAAAAUCAUUAUUUUAACACGCCGCACGAACUUUUUCCUCAACCUAAUAUUACAAUUACAGUUCAGUUUUUAAUGUUCAAAAGUUGUAAAUUCAAAUGAAAAAUAAAAGCUUAUGCCCGUAGAAGUGACGUUAGUGACACUGAAAAUGAAAGAAUGGCGUUGCUAGUAGUUUAUUUGGAGAAAAAAAUCAGUUUUACACAACCGGCUGUUUAAAAGAGUACAAUAGACUUCUUUUCCGAUGUUACAACAAAUGUGUUUGUUACACUGACAUCUUGAUCAAUUCGAUUAGUUAAAACGAGUAUAGCUAGCCGACGGCUGCAUAGCAUGAAUAAUUCUCCAAUGAGGAUUUGUCAUUCUCUUUUAUGUAUAUCACAUAUCAUAUUUCUCUCUCUCUCUCUCUUCGAUUGUCUGCUUUUAGCCGCAUAACAAAUAAUUGUCACUAAGACCAAACAACCAAAUACUUCAUUUAUUUAAUUUGUUCAGUGAUUUACUUCAAUGUCUAAGUGUCCAUUUUAUAAACUCUCAAAAAAUCCAUAAUCUUCAUCUUCUAAAUUCAGUUUCAUGUAGUGUAGGACAGUAUUUGCGAAAACUGAUAAAGUGGUAUUCAAAUAAGUUUUUAUUUAUUUUUUUCUGCAAACUUUAGAUAUACAUUCUAUUGGAUGUCUUUCAGACUCGUUUUAAUCGGUGGGGGACUUCUUGUGGGAGGUUAUGCUACAUACAAACUUAUUGCCACUCCAUCUACCGGUAGGCAUCUUUUUUUGUAAUUUUUUUCUCCUUACUAUUUCAGAUGUAACAGUUUGUUGUUAUGUCUACUAUUCGGACUCGAUUUAGUCAUCCACUUGUUCUUGCGGCUGGGGUCGUUGGCCUCGGUGGAAGUGGAGCAAUAUAUAUCAUACAUUUUAUAGCUCGAAGAAAAGCCAGAGGUGCGCUAAUUUAUUCUUACCUACGUUUCCCUCACAAAAACUGUGCAAAAACGAUUAAAUUUUACAUUGAUGUCUUUUGUUUUCUUCCUUUAGCUGUUUUUACUGAAAAACCAUUUUAUAAUGAAGCAGUACAUUUAAUGAAAGGCUAUAAGCCUAUUGUUGAACAAUUAGUAGAACCAUUACAACCAUUGAAAAUUGAUACAUCUAACAAAUUCAAUACACUAAGUUUACUUGGUGCACAGCUUCAAAUUCCUGUUCGUGGAGCUCAACGAUCUGGUAUAUUAUUUUGUUAUGCGACACGUGAUUCAUUAGAUGAAGAUUGGCAUGUUGAUAGACUAGAAUUUAAAUCAAAUAGUCAACCAAAUCGAUAUUUAUUCUACGAUCGAAGUUUACGUCGAGUACCAUUGCCAUCGGAUAUAGAAUUGGCAGAAUAUACCAAAAAACUGGCGGCCGGUCAAUCAUUAGAUGUUAAGAAAUUAUCAGAACCAUCUAAGGCACCUGUUGUGCCACUACAAGCUGCUACCAAAUGA